GACCUCUCAUCUACCACAAACCGAAAGUUCAGGAAGAGGAACACGAUUUGAUGGCCGAUGUGAUAAUUACAUACGAUAUGUAUUUAGACUAUUGAUCAAUGAGUCGAAGAAAUCAAACGUUUAUGGUGAAUGGAACGCAUCUUCUCUUGGAAAUAAUACAUUGACGAUGUCUCUGAAUUAGUGCCAUAUAUUGCCGAUACCAGAGACGAGAACAAAAUUGCAUGAUGGGUGAUAAACAAGAUGAUGACAGUGACCUUGACACAGUUACAGCGACCUCUCCACUCAAAUUAAAGGAUGACAUGGAUGACCACCCAGUACAUCUUAGUGAAGAAGAACUCCAGGAGAGCAAUGAUUCUGACACCGAUGACACAGGAUUACUCGACCUUGAGUGUCAGAUGGCUUCUGGUCUAGACCUGAGUACGAGACAGAAACGUGGGAUCCGAAAAUACAAACAUGCUCUGAAAUCACUAAAGCCUUAUAGAAAUAGCAAAGCGCCCAAGGAUGAACUACCGGAAUCUACAGCAGGAUUUUUCUCCUUGCUCACAUAUGCAUGGCUGACCCCCAUCAUGUGGAAGAUAUACAAAAAAGGCACCGGUUUCCUUAGCAACAUGAGAUGUAGUGACAUCAACAGAGCUGAGAUCAAUUCAGAAAGACUUGAAAAGUUAUGGAAGGAGGAACUAAAGAGAAAGGGCCCUAAGGAUGCCUCGUUUGGCUGGGUGAUAUUCAGGGCUGUACGGACACGAGUUUUCUUUGGAGGAUUCACCAUAAUACUGUCUGUCAGCUUCAGUUUCUUUGCUCCUGCUAUUGUGUUGAAGAAGCUGCUGAAUCUUCUGUCCGACAAAGAGGAAUUUGACGUGGGUUAUGGAGUGUUGCUUGUUGCUAUAAUCUCCGUCAUGGAGUUCUCUCGAACAAUGCUGUUUGCCCUCGGCUGGAUAAUCAACUAUACAACAGGUAUAAGACUUCGUGCUGCUACACUCAGCCUCAUCUACAAGAAAAUCCUAAAACUGCGAAGCUUAAAGGACAAGUCUGUAGGAGAGCUGGUCAACCUGUGUAGCAAUGAUGGGCAGCGUCUGUUUGAAGCGGCAGCUAUAGGUCCUCUGUUGUUUGGAGGGCCAGUCGUGCUGUUGUAUGGUAUUGUGUACACAGUCUUUCUGAUUGGACCCUGGGCACUGGUAGGGAGCGCCACCUAUCUCAUGUUUUAUCCAUUCAUGGCUGUGAUUAGUCGAUUGACGGCUUACUACAGACGUACUGGAAUCAAGAUCACAGACAGUCGGGUACGAAUGAUGUCAGAGCUUUUGACCUAUAUAAAACUUAUAAAGAUGUACGCCUGGGAAGUGCCAUUUACCAACAAGAUAUCAGGUAUUCGGUCUAACGAGAGAAACAUUCUAGAAAAGGCUGCAUUAGUUCAGGGCUUCAGCACUUCAUCAGCUCCCUUGGUGCCCGUGAUGGCGUCCGUGUUUGUCAUUUUGGCACAUGUUCUGACAGGAAAUGAUCUUACGGCAGCACAGGCUUUCACUCUCGUGGCAGUAUUAAACUCCAUGAGGUUUUCCCUCGGAGUUAUCCCUUAUGCAGUGCGAGCAAUAGCCGAGUCCCUUGUGUCGUUUAAGCGUUGUCAGAGUGUUUUGUUGAUGGAGGAUAUAAAACCCCAUGUCUCCCAGAUCACAAACCCCAACCAUGUGAUAGUGCUCAAGAAUGCCACUUUUGGCUGGGAUGCAAGCAGUCUUACGGAAGGGAGCAACAAAAAAGUUCAAAUUGCAAAUGGUAAGUCCAAGCUGAACAAAGCAGAAGAAAAACAACGACUGCAAGAUGGUGAGGAGGUGGCCGAUUCUGAUCCUGAUGUUUUACAGACCCUUAUUGAUCUUAACUUUGUGUUGGAAAAGGGAAAACUUAUUGGUGUGUGUGGAAGUGUGGGCUGUGGAAAAAGUUCCCUGAUUUCGGCCGUAAUGGGACGGAUGGUGCUUCUGUCUGGAAAAGUAGCAACGAAGGGCAGUGUGGCAUAUGUAUCCCAGCAGGCCUGGAUCAUGAACUCAACGGCGCGUGAGAAUAUCUUGUUUGGUCAAGUUUACGAUGAAGAGAAGUAUAAAGCGGUGGUUCAGGCCUGUUCCCUGGAGGAAGACUUUAAAGAUUUUGUGGAUGGCGAUAUGACUGAGAUAGGAGAACGAGGUAUUAAUAUGAGCGGUGGACAGAAGCAGAGAGUAAGUCUAGCACGAGCUGUGUACGCAGACAAGGACGUUUAUCUUCUCGACGACCCACUGUCCGCUGUCGACAUCCAUGUCGGGCGUCACAUCUUCAGCGAGUGUCUCGUCAAAUGUCUUAAAGGAAAAACAAUUUUGUUUGUCACUCACCAGCUACAAUACCUAAAGCAUUGUGAUGGUAUAAUUGUGAUGAGUGACGGCAAGAUAACCGAGAGCGGUAAGCAUGACGAACUCACCAAGAACAACGGUGAAUAUGCCAACCUCAUCAGCACUUAUUACUCCAAAGGAGAGAGUGAUUCAGAAGAGGAGGAAGAACAGGAAUUUAGAGAGAGGCUUGGAUCUUCACCUAAAAGUCCGAGGGAAAGAACAUUUUCGGGGACACGACAGAGGAACUCUUCAGGGAGAGAACGGACAUUGUCAUCAUCUUCAAAUCAUUCCCACAGGGCCAAAGGCAGUGCUGUUGACAGGCAGAUAAGUACGAUGUCUGCGAUGAGUGAUGCAUCUGGAAAGCAGCCAGUUCAAAAUGCUGGAAAAUUGAUGGUGGCUGAGGAGAGGGCAAAGGGCAAGGUGACUGCACAGACCUACUGGAACUAUAUACAGUCUGCGGGCGGGGUCUUCGUGACUGGCUUUGUGUUACUCACCUACCUCCUGAGUGUUGGUGUCCAGAGUGGGACCAGCUGGUGGCUGUCUUACUGGCUAAAUCAGGGUAGUGGGAACACAACAGUGCAGGUAACAAUUGGGAAUAUGACUGUGAACAGAACAAGUACAAACAUCCGACACAAUCCCGACAUCAAUUUCUACGCCAUGAUUUAUGGACUUGGCAUUGCGGUAGUCAUCGUGAUAACAAUUUUUAGGACACUUCUCUUCAUGAAAGUCACACUUCAUGCGUCCAGUAAGAUGCAUGAUACCAUAUUCAGGAAGAUACUCUCCUGCCCAAUGCAAUUCUUCGACACAACUCCAGUUGGUAGAAUCAUCAACAGGUUUUCCUCGGAUAUGGACGAGAUUGAUAUCCGUCUGCCUGGAAGUGCCGAAGUUUUUCUGAUGAACAUCCUGACUAUAAUAUUCGCCCUCGUUUCCAUAUGUUACGUAUCACUUUGGUUCCUGAUCGCCCUUGUUCCAUUGGUUGCCUGCUUCGUCCUCCUCAAUGUCAUCUUUACCUCGGGAGUACGAGAACUGAAACGACUGGACUCCACAACACGAUCUCCAUUACUUAGCCAUGUCACGGCCUCUAUUCAAGGAAUAUCUACCAUUCAUGCUUUUGGAAAAUCACAAGAAUUCUUGAAUAGAUUUCACCAGUUAAUGGACACCAAUACUCUGCCAUUUUUCCUCUUCUACUCGUCCAAUCGCUGGCUGGCGGUCAGACUUGACUUACUAAGUGCAAUAGUUAUUGGAAUAACAGGACUUCUGGUUAUUCUCACUUAUGAAAGCAUGACCCCUGCUCUAGCAGGGAUGGCCAUGGCCUUUGCUAUUCAAUUAACCGGACUAUUUCAGUUUACCAUCAGACUGGCUAUAGAGACUGAGGCUAGGUUUGUUUCUGUAGAGAGACUGCAGCAUUACUCCAAGGAAGAAGCAUCUGAAGCACCUGCCAUCAUCAAGAACAAUCGCCCCGAGUCCUCUUGGCCCAAAGAUGGCGCUAUCACAUUUAAAUCAGUGAAAAUGCGUUACAGAGAAAACCUGCCAUAUGCUUUAAAAGGAGUGUCAUUUGAUGUUCUCCCUCAGGAAAAGAUUGGCAUAGUGGGAAGAUCAGGAUCAGGUAAAUCCUCCCUAGGUGUGGCACUGUUUCGUCUUGUAGAGUUGAAUUCCGGUUCCAUCUUGAUUGACAAGAUGGACAUAAGUAAAAUUGGUCUCGAAGACCUGCGGUCAAAACUGGCCAUAAUUCCCCAGGAUCCUGUCCUGUUUGUUGGAACAAUCAGGUAUAAUCUGGACCCAUUCCAGCAGUACACAGACCCACAACUAUGGGAAGCUUUAGAAAAAUGUCAUAUCAAGGAAACGAUUGUUAGCCUGGAGCAGCAGUUAGACUCCCCCGUGGUGGAGAAUGGAGAGAAUUUCUCCGUAGGUGAGAGGCAGCUAAUGUGUCUGGCCAGGGCUCUACUCCGCCACAGUAAGAUUCUGAUGCUGGACGAGGCGACAGCUGCCAUAGAUACAGAAACUGACGCCCUAGUGCAGACCACCAUCAAGGAAGCGUUCGCUGACUGUACGAUGUUAAUCAUCGCCCACAGACUGAAUACAGUUCUCAACUGUAACAGGAUUCUUGUAAUGGAGGAUGGCAAGAUGGUGGAAUUCAAUUCUCCAGCAGUUUUAGUUGCAAACCCAAAGUCCAAAUUUAAGAUGAUGCUGGAUGCAACUGAAGGUGACCAUGAUCACAGAUGAUGGAGGACAACAAAUAGGAAUGUUUAUAGCUGAUCUAAAUAUCACUUACAUUUAAAAUGUUUUUAUAGCCAUAUAUUACGUAAUGGGCAUCAAUAGUGAUGAAUGAAUUGUUUUAUAGAAACCCUGAGUCAACGUGAAAAUAUCUUUGUUGACACUAGUGUUCAGUAUGCUUGUUGAUGUAUCAUUAUAGAUAUUCAUUUGUUUGGUGUGUAUGUUUCUGCCGGUUUGAAUGCAAAAAAAAAUAAUUUAGAUUACUGAAACACAUCAAGCUGAUCUGCUUCCUAUACAUGCAGCCCUUGGUAUAACUCAAUGUAAAUAUUAUUAUUGAAUUUUUCAGUUUGUUUUGUUUUGUUUUGUUUUUUUUAUCUAAAUUAGGUAUCAACAGCCCUUUUCAUCUCUAGUUGUAUAUACCGUAUUUAUUCUAAUAAAUGCCCCGGGGGCAUGAAAUUUUUCCAGGGG